UCCGUACCGCGUCGCUAGCGUCGCAAAGAAAAAUUCUGUCAAGAUCCACUAGUGAAAUAAAUUCCUCAAAAUAUUAUCAAAUAAAUCGCAAAAUAGCCCAUAAAAUGACCACAAAAUACUUCUAACAACGUCCCGAACCUAAAUAAAUACAAAUUAAAGUAGUUCGUGUCGAAAAAGUAGCGGAAACCGAUCGGUAAGCUUGCGUAGGCCGACUUCAGGCGAUGAUAUUGUCGAAGGGCAGACUUGUAUUUUUGUGCAAAUAUUUCGUGAAUGUGGAGUGCAAUUUCGAAGAUAUUUUCGAAAAACUCUUCUAGUUCCAGCCCAGGACCGAGUGGUGAUAAACCGCCAGAUGAAAUGGACCGUGGAGAACGUAAAAGUUAUUCAGAGGCUGAUGAUUCUUUCUAUACGAAACAGGCUAAACAGAGGGCAUCUAUAAAGUGGCUCCUAUCGAAAGCAUUCAACAAUAAAGUUCCUGAAAAUAUCCGAGAGCCAUUCUAUAAGGAUCAUGAGAACCAAGAACACCUCAAACCUCAGAUCGCUGGGGCGCUGGCCAACGCCGAAAUCUACUGUCGCGCCUUGGCCAACAUCUACUCGGACCCGAACUAUCACAACCUCAACCAUUGGGCGAUUUUGCAAACGUUGGCACGCAAAAGCGCCUUCAUUUCGGAACCUUCGGACGGGUCUCAUUUGACUGAAACCACUCUCAUACAAACCAAUCCUUUGCGUAUGAGCGCUCAUAUGGCAGUUAUCGAAUCCAUAAUGUUACUAUACGCAAAAGAAGUCGUAACUAGCGACCGUGUGGUAGCAGCGGUGCAACGUUUCAACCACGGCCGAGCAUCUAGUCCUAAAGCAUCAUCUAGUCACGAACAAGGCGCCCUCUUGUGGAUACAGCAUGCUUGCGACGCGCUCAAAGAACGUAUCGAACAAGAUUCUGGAGUGACUGUGGAAAAUGGAGGAGAGGGGGAUCGGUUGAAACCGCCUGACUUUCCUCAGUGCGAAGAUCUGAAAGAUCUUUGCGACGGCGUAGGUUUGGCCACUUUGGUAGCUUACUAUUGUCCCGAUGAGCUUCAUUGGGCCGAAAUUCGAAUAUCUGCCGUGCCGUCUGUGCAAGAUAGCGUGCAUAAUUUAAGGCUGGUUAGGGAUUUUUGCCAACGAUGUUUGCCCGCUUCGAUAUUCCAUCUUCAACCUGAAGAUAUUACGUAUUUAAGAGAAUCUAUGAAACUUAAUCUGAUCGUUUUCCUUGCGGACCUGUUCAACGUGAUGGAAAUCCACCCUGUUAGCUGUGUCCGGGAUAAAUUCAGCAGCGAAGGCUUUCCGGCGCGUAACGCGCACGGUGUCAUGCACAAGCGCAAUCUGCUGCAGCCGGUCAUGGUGCCGAUACCGGACCUGCGCAGUGGCUCGGACGACCCCGCCACCGGCGCCUUUCAAGUCUCGAAAACUCCACCUCACGCCCCCUUAAGAAAAUCGAAUUCGCUUCAGCAAAGUCAACAAACCCUUGCCUCUGAGUUCAGCGAGGACAGCUUGAGACGAGGCUCGGACGAGUCGUUUGUAGUGCACAAAGUUAGAAAUAUACCUACUUUGAGGUCGGUACUCACUGAGGAUCCUUUAGUUCCUGCAAAGCUCAAGGUAAACAAAGAAAAGCAAAACAAUGACAGCAAAGCUGACGAAAGGGGCGAAGUGGCUGCUGGGAGACCGAGCAACUGGGAGGACAACAGGAAGAGCAGUUUCGCUGGGAGGAGGAGCAGGCGGAAUUCGACGACGUUGGAUGAUUCUCAGUUGACCAUUGAAAAUUUCGGUGGUAGUCAGGAUAAUUUGAAUUUUAUCGGGAGGAAUCCAGACAAAGAGAUGACCGUUCAUGUGGGUAGAAAAAUAUCGGCACCCAGUUUCCCAGUACCAAUAGAAAACGCUCCGGUACGGUCAACGUUGCAGGACGCCCGCGGUUCCUUUCAAUUAGGUUACGAUAAUGGCUGUGAAGAAAAACAAGAUGACGGAUCGGAAAAGGUGCGACUCAAAAGACAGAUGAGCAGCGACGAUAUUACUCUGAAGAAAUUCCAAGACAAGAACUUGCUCAAAGAUUUGGUGGACGGCGAAGUGGGCAACCGUAUGAGUUUUGCCGAUUUGGGAAAACAGAAACCUAUAGGUGAAAAUAAAGGAAUACACCUAAUUUAUAUGAACGACAAGGAAGAAUUUCCUCCUUCGAAAUCAAGUUUCCUGAAUCGAUUGGGCAACACGAACGGGAAUGCGGAAAAGAGAACUUCCUUCGCCACCCUGCCGAAUCAGACGACGUGGCAACAGCAAGUGGUCAGCAGCAACGUGCAAUCGCAAGAUGACAGCAGUAACGGUUCGGAUAUUGGCGGCUCUGGCAAUAUUAUGAAUUCGCAAAUAAAUGAUAUUAGGUUAAAAUUAGAAGAAAAACGUCGGCACAUUGAAAGCGAGAAACGGCGUAUGGAAAUGGCAAUGAAUAAACAAAGACAAAAGGUGGGCAAAGCAGCUUUCCUUCAAGCCGUUUCAAAGGGCAGAGGUAAUUUACUAAAAACGCCCCCUACAAACGACGCUGCCGCCGAGUCGUCGAAAGACUUGGCGGCAACCGGACCCAAAGAAAAAUCACCAUCAAGCCCUUCUUCUUCUUGUUCUUCUUCCUCAUCCGUCCCGCCCCAAGCGCCAAAGCCACAGAGGCCCUUUACCUUGCAGGAAAUUACUGACGACGCUUCAAAUGUAGAAAAAAAAUGGUUCGACAAUAGUACGCCCUUCAUAGAAACACGUAGAACUCCGGAUUUAGAAAAUAUGGACUUGGAACAAUAUCAACAAUCGCUAUCUCAAAUGACCACCAAUCUCUCAGACAUCCAGUCAGACAUUCAACGGUUGGCAGCUCAACAAAACCAAAUGCAAACGCAAAAAUUGAUUGAAGAACAACAACGCCAAAUUCUACAGUUACAGCAACAGCAGCAGUAUCAGACGAUGACCAGGCAGCAAUCGCAACCACCUCCGCAAACUCAAUAUUAUCAACCGCAAAGAUAUCAGUCGCCACAACAAAAUUAUUACCCAUCUCCGCUCCAAUCUUCGACCAGUGCACCUCACAUCCCACAAUCGCUCUACUCGCAAUCCAGAGGGCCGGAGCAGCCCCAGUUCUUUCUGCACGAAAACGGUCCGCCGCCAACAACACCUCCAAGAAGAACCUGGGGUCAGCCUCAGCAAGCUCCUCCCACUAUGAUGGGGGAUUCUUAUGCGCCCCAACAGCCUGAAUUGAGAACCUGGGCCAAACCGCAACCUGUUCAACCUCCUCAAGAUGGUCCUGGGGGCGGGUUCGUGUUACAUCAUACACCGGAUAGGUUUGCAGAUAGACAUGAACGCUUCCAGGAAGCUCCUCCUAUAAGACACACUGAUAAUAGAUACCAAAAUGGCGAUCCAGAAAGGCAGCUAAAUCAUUCGAAUAGUUUUACAUUGAGCCAGAGGCAUCUUGAACAGGCCCAAUAUGGUACUACCCAUAGUACACCGUCCGCAUCUCCUCAGCAUCGCAACGUUCACCGACAAAUAUCGCAACUUUUGGACGACGCGACGACCAAACGUCAAACGUCGCCUGUCAGUUUGCACGCCUUGGACGCCAGCCCGGCGCCGCGCGAACGUAAAAUCAGCGUCACGCACGCGCCGGUGGCGGCACCUCCCGCGGACGAUAUGGAGCCGCAAAAUAUCUCGUUUAUAGGCAACAACGAGGACGCGGCUCUUACCGAAAGUCUCAGUAAAUUGAAUAUCACCUCUGGAAGUAGGACGUAUAGGAUUCCGUCGCCGACGCGUCCUUUGUUGAUUUCCAGAGGAUCUCCGUUUCAACCGUCCCCGUCGCCUCCUGUUGUCGAGGCUCCGCUUUCGGCUCAGGUGAGCAGUUUAGAUGGAGAUCCAACUGCUGAAAAAGGGUUUUAUAUAACUUUCGACGACGAACAACCGAAACGGCCUAAACCAGCACUGAGGAGUAAAAGAAAUUCACCCAAAAAAGAAAGAAGCUAUGUUGAAACUCCAGAUGAGGCGAUGGAAAGGCGGGAGGCGCAAACAUGGCUGGACAAGAAAAAACAACUAGAAAGAGAAUUGGCAGAGGAAAGAAUAAGAAAAGAAGAGCGCGAUUUCCUCAUUCAGCAAGAAAGAGAUAGGUUGAGGUCGAAACGUGAAACUAGUCAAGAAAGGCAAAGAGUGGCAGCUAGUGCUUUAGUUAUAGGGGAACAGAAUGAUACUGAUCCAGAUCUAGUCGAUGAGAGGGAGCGUAAAAAAGAAAAGAUAAUGAUGUUGUCGCUGCAAAGGAGACAGCAACAAGAAGAGGCCAAGGCUAAGAAAGAAGCGGAAGCUCAGAGGAGAAAAGAAAUGGAAAAGGCUAAGGAGGAGGAGAAAGUGAGGAGAAAAGAGGAGCAGGCGGCUCGACGGGCAACUAUUUUAGAACAAUAUAAACUUAAGAAGGCAAUUGAUGAGGCUGAGCGAGAGGCUAUUAUUUUAGACGAAAGUUUAGCAGCUAACCAAAUCUUGCGAAGGUCUAGUGGCAUAUCCCCUGUUUCUGAUAGCAAAACUCUGAUAGGUGAGGAUCUCAUACACUCUUUGGCCUUUGAUGUUUUAAAAAUGCAAAAUAUAUCAUAG